AUGGUGGUAGACAACAUAUCAAGAGUGCCUUCAAAGAGUGGCUGGAUGCCAACACCUGGUUGGACGCCAUGCACCACCAAGGAGAAGGCCUAUCCUGACCAUCUCUUUGACGACACCUAUACCUCAACGGGCUCUACCAAAAUCUACUCCACAUAUGGUGCUCUUGGUGUGGUGGUGGGUCAUGAGCUCACACACGGCUUCGAUGACCAGGUGCCUUAUUGUAUUACCUAUACGCUUGCUCUUUAUCAUCGACUAAUUAAGUGCCCCCCUCCCCAGGUCAGCGGUUGUGACAAGGAUCGUAUUCUGGAGCCGUGGUCGAGCAGUGACUCAGUGAAGGCAUUCGAUGAGAGGAAAGAGUGCUUUGUAGAGCAGUACUCAAAGUACGAGGUGUUUGGAUAUCAAAUUAAUGGCAGUUUGACUCUAGGAGAGAACAUUACUGAUAAUGGAGGAAUCAAGUCUGCCUUCCAGGCCCACAAAGAUGGUUGCAAAGAACCAGCUCAAGGAGCAGUCUCUACCUGGGCUCACCAAGUACACCCCAGAGCAAAGGUUGUUCAUUAACUUCGGUCAG